UGUUAUUAUCGUUGUUAAAAAUACUAAUAUUUUUAUUUAUUGUUUCUUUUUUUUGUUCGUUGUUACGUUUUAACAUACCGUUUGUGUGUUUUGUUUGAAACAAACCGUUAUUAUCACGAUAUGAUAGCAUAGCAGUAGUUUACUGUCAACUCCAUUGACUACGAGUUCACGUUGAAAUAUAUACGCCCAAUUUUGAAGCGUUUAUUAGCACCAAGAUAUAUCGUCCAGACGUUCGCUACGUGACAGCUAUGUGUAGUUGAUGUUUACAUUUGAAAUUUAUUUAUCCUGUAAAACAACGAAUUUUCUCCAAUACAAUGAAUACUACGUACAUGAGACGUGGAUUGACCAAGGCAAUAGCCGAAAACGCUUUACUCGCCGAGUCAUUGAAAAACUUAAACAAAGCUACCUGGUACUCUGUGGACGAAUCGGACCUGGACGACGACGUGUGUUCGAAGUUCGUGCAGAUGCAUCUGGACGCGGACACCGAACGAUUCCUGGACGAUUCGACGGAGCAGAGCGACAGACUGCUGAUGCAGAUGUGGCAAUCGUUCGUUUCGGUUUUGCUGAAUACGUUUAUGACGAAAACUUCGAUUAACGGGUUGUUGCGAAGAGGGUCCAUGUUCGUGUUUUCCACCGACCAAAUCAGACAACUACUGAACAUCACGUAUUUCGACAGCGGCUCGACGCUAAUCGACUUGGGCGCAGGCGACGGAGCCACCACUGAAAAGUACACACCACUGGUCCAUCAAAUCUACGCGACUGAAAAGUCUGGCCCGAUGUUACGGAUCUUAGCCCAAAAAGGUUUCACUGUGUUGGACGUAGACUCGUGGUGGACUCACGGAGAACAGUUCGAUGUGGUAUCAUGUUUGAACCUGUUGGACCGGUGCAGCGAGCCCUUAAAACUUUUGGAUGAUAUGAAAAAGGCCGUGAAACCAAACGGCCGAAUCGUUGUGGCAUUGGUAUUGCCUUACAGACCCUUCGAUGAAUUCAGUUCCAUGGUGCCGGGACAGAAACUGUCCAUUACCGGAGUAAAUUUCGAGGAACAAGUGUGUUCAACCAUCCACAAUGUGUUUGAGCCGUUUGGUUUCAAUGUGCUGUGCUGGACAAGACUUCCAUACUUGUGCGAAGGCGACCUAAGACAAGAUUACUAUUGGUUGUCUGAUGCCGUUUUCAUACUGUCUGUAAAACAACCCCAAGUUGAGAAGACUGUCAAAGUGUAGAGUGGUGCACUAAUCGACUAACCAAUGGCAUGAUUCAAUGGUUUUAAGAUAAGUUUAAGUCAAUUUUUGAACAUUAAAACUCAGUCAAUCAUUUAUAAAUAUAAUU